AUGGGAGGUGUGGACGAUGAAGAACCAGCUUUGAAACGUAUGAAGCUUUCCUCGAACGGAUUAGUUGGCUUGUCUAACGGAUCAUCAUCUGUAGAGCCUGUUAGAGGAGGGUUGUCUAGUGACUCUAUGGCUCGGACACUUCCGUCUAAAGAGGACGAACAAGUUGUUGGUUCCAAAGGGGUUAUAAAGAGAGACGAAUUUGUUAGAAUAAUUGCCAAGGCAUUGUAUUCUCUUGGGUACAGAAAGAGUGGAGAGCGUCUUGAAGAGGAGUCUGGUAUAGCUUUGCAUUCACCUGGGGUGAAUCUGUUUACGCAACAAGUGCUUGAUGGGAAUUGGGAUGAGAGUGUAGCUACAUUGCGUAAAAUUGGUCUGACAGAUGAAACUGUUGUUAGAUCAGCGUCGUGUUUGAUAUUGGAACAAAAAUUCUUUGAACUUCUAAACAGGGAAAAGGUCAUGGAAGCAUUGAAGACCUUGAGGGAGGAGAUUACUCCACUUUGCAAUUAUAGUAGUAGAAUUCGGGACCUUUCUUCCUGCAUAGUGGCUCCAUCACCUAAGCAAGAUGUUCUGAAAGUGAGAUCUAGGUCAAAGCUUCUGGAGGAAUUGCAGAAACUGCUUCCUCCAACAGUGAUGAUACCCGAAAAAAGGUUGGAACAUCUAGUUGAACAAGCCCUUAUCUUGCAGCAAGAGGCUUGCCCAUUUCACAACUCAAUGGAUAUGAUGUCAUUAUAUUCUGAUCAUAAUUGUGGAAAAGAUCUGAUACCUUCUAAAACAGUACAGAUAUUAGAAAAACAUGAUGGUGAAGUCUGGUUUGUACAAUUUUCACAUAAUGGAAAAUAUUUAGCUUCAGCAUCAAAUGAUCAAACUACAAUCAUCUGGGAGGUUGGCGUAAAUGGGCUGUCUAUAAAGCAUAGAUUAUCUGGUCACCAGAAACCCAUUCAUUCUGUUUCAUGGAGUCCUAAUGAUGAAGAGCUACUAACAUGUGGAGUGGAGGAAUGUGUUAGGCGUUGGGAUGUCUCUACUGAUGGGAAAGAAGUGGAGUCUUGGAAAGGACAGAAAUCCCUUAAGAUUUCUGAUUUGGAUAUAACGGAUGACGAAGAAGUGAUUCUAAGUAUUUGUAAACCCAAUACAGUACUGUUAUUCAAUAGAGAAACAAAGGUUGAGAGAUUUAUUGAAGAAAGUCAGCCAUUAACUUCUUUUUCCUUAUCAAAGGAUAACAAAUUCUUGCUGGUUGAUCUUUUGAACCAAGAAAUACAUCUAUGGAAUAUUGAAGGUGAUCCUAUGCUCGUUGGCAAGUACAAAGGUCAUCAGCGCGCUAGGUAUAUUAUAAGGUCUUGCUUUGGUGGACUUAAGCAAGCUUUCAUUGCUAGUGGUAGUGAGGAUUCCCAGGUUUACAUAUGGCACAGAAGCUCGGGAGAACCAAUAGAGAUAUUGCCCGGUCAUUCGGGAUCUGUUAACUGUGUGAGCUGGAAUCCCGCUAAUCCCCACAUGUUAGCCUCUGCCAGUGAUGACCGGACAAUUCGGAUAUGGGGCCUCAACAGUCUGAAUAAAAAGUACCAAAAUGGACAGAGCAAUGGCAUCCAUUACUGCAAUGGAGGAACUUAG